CAGCCUACGACAAGUUAAGGAUAUAAAGAAACGGCGCCGACAUGAAGGAGAAAUCCAAAACGGCCGCAAGGACUAGACGGGAAAAGGAAAACAGUGAAUUUUAUGAACUGGCUAAAAUGUUGCCUUUACCGUCGGCCAUCACAUCCCAGUUAGACAAAGCCUCCAUAAUAAGACUGACAACAAGUUACCUGAAGAUGAGAAUUGUUUUCCCCCAGGGUCUGGGUGAAGCUUGGGGUCACUCAAGUCGAACAAGAUCUUUGGACAACAUUGGACGAGAGCUGGGAUCUCAUUUACUGCAGACGUUGGACGGAUUCAUCUUCGUCGUGGCCCCAGAUGGGAAGAUAAUGUACAUCUCAGAGACAGCGUCGGUCCAUUUAGGACUGUCUCAGGUAGAGUUGACUGGGAACAGUAUUUAUGAAUAUGUCCAUCCUGCCGACCACGAUGAGAUGACAGCUGUCCUCACCCCACAUCAGCCCUAUCACACACAUUUCGUGCAAGAAUAUGAAAUGGAGCGCUCUUUCUUUUUGCGGAUGAAAUGUGUGCUGGCAAAAAGAAACGCGGGACUUACCAGUGGUGGAUACAAGGUGAUUCACUGCAGUGGCUACCUGAAGAUCCGUCAGUACAGUUUGGACAUGUCACCUUUUGAAGGCUGCUACCAGAAUGUGGGCUUGGUGGCUGUGGGUCACUCUCUGCCACCCAGCGCUGUGACCGAGAUCAAACUGCACAGUAACAUGUUUAUGUUCAGAGCCAGUUUGGACAUGAAGCUCAUCUUCCUGGACUCCAGGGUAGCUGAGCUGACAGGUUAUGAGCCCCAGGACCUCAUCGAGAAAACGCUGUACCAUCACGUCCACAGCUGUGACAUAUUCCACCUCCGCUGUGCUCACCACCUCUUGCUGGUAAAAGGCCAAGUCACAACUAAGUACUAUCGGUUCCUUGCCAAACACGGCGGUUGGGUCUGGGUCCAAAGUUAUGCCACAAUUGUCCACAAUAGCCGAUCCUCAAGACCUCACUGUAUCGUCAGUGUCAACUAUGUCCUCACGGACACUGAGUAUAAAGGAAUGCAGCUGUCCUUGGACCAAAUGAGCCCCAGCAAGCCAGCCUUCCCCUAUGCUGACAGUCACAGUGAAGACAGAAAGAGCACCAAGUCACGUCUGACCCAGUCCAAGGCCAAAGCCAGAGUGUCACCCUACCCACAGCAAUUUUCAGCUUUUAAUCCAGAACGUUCAGAGUCUGACCAAGACAGUCAGUGGGGAGGGAGCCCACUGACAGACUCUGCUUCUCCUCAGCUGUUGGAUCCCAGUGAAGCUACGGAGGCUUCUUGUGCCUGCCGAUUGUAUCCAGAAUCAGGCUCCCUGUGUUACGGCCUGGGUCUAUCAGAAGAGGAUCUCGCCCAUGCCCAGACACAUCCUCACACCACCACCUGUGACCCGCGUCGAUGCCAGAGUGGCCGCUACUUCCUGGGAACCCCCCAGUCAGGAAGAGAGAUGUGGUGGGAUACCACACGCUCUGUUCUCUCAUUGCCAAAAUUCUCAGUGGACAACAGCGAGGGCUACGAAAUCACAUCCUACCAUGGCGCCAUUCACGGACGGGGCCACUGGGAUGAAGACAGCGUAGUGAGUUCACCUGAUGGAGGUGGGUCGACCAGUGAUUCAGGUGAGCGUUACCAUGGCGAACAAUUCCAAGCAAGCCCUCGAGAGCCCAGCAAAAUGGAGACCUUGAUCCGCGCCACACAGCAAAUGAUCAAAGAGGAAGAGAACCGUCUACAGCAACACAAGAUUCCACUGGAUGUAUCAGGCCUCACCAAAACUCACAGUUCCUGUUUCACCUCCUCCCUACCCCACCACUCUCAGCUUACUAUGCCCAGCGUGGUAUGCCGUGGCCCCGGAGCCCCCAGCAUCGACCUCCCCACUGAACGUCUCCAUCACCGAGAUGGCGUCAAAGUGCUCGGGCCCAAUGAAAACGAUGAAAGCACGACGAGUCCUGCUUCUUUGUCUCGUCUCAGCAGCCCCAGCUCUGAUGGGAUCCCCAGAUCAGGCCUCCCACUCACCAAAGACUACAUGCAGACAGAUAUGUCCCCACACCCUUCACAACCCCAGGGAAGUCCACUGAUCUAUCCAGCACAGGAGAGGCAGCCGCUGGACAGACAGGCAGCAUAUGCCUUGACUGGGUACUCCCUUGAGCAUCUGUAUGACCCGGAGAACUUGCGGAGUUACUCCAGCUUGGCCUGUGGAGGAGUGCAGUAUGAUGUGGCAUCUCAUGUGAGAAUGCAGGCUGAACAAAUACAGGGACAUAAAACCACCUCAGUUAUCAUAACCAAUGGCAGCUGACGAUAUCUGGUGAAGAUUGAUUCUGUUGUCUAAAAGAGGACAUUACCAUUGGUGGUGAGGUAGGCAUGUGCAACCAGGUGCUCGACACAAAAGCUGAGACACUGACAAAAAGGUUACAAGGCACCCGUGCAGGGCUGCCUUGCCCUUGGUGGUCCAUUCAGCACAAUUUGUGUUUGUCAGGCCUUUCUCUUUUUUUUGUCAUUUGAGGACAUUUUCCAAGACUCGAAGAAGCUGGUGUUCAGGAAUGGACUUUUUAUAUACUGCCUAACAAAAGGAGGAGAUUUGCUCCAUUACAUAAUAAUACAGAGUUGUUUUAAUGGAAGUAAACUGACUUUCCCUCCCUGCAAAGGCUGGUUAAACAUCAAGCCAGUGUUUCUAUUCCAAACCUCUCACGCACCAUUGGCCAUGUUUGUUAACUUGUCCUGUACAUGAUUUCCAAAGGCAGUAAGAAAAUGUGUUGUUCCAUAGCCCUUUCACCUGAAAACUCCAGAGCACAGACACAUGAUGUGCAACAUGGAAAAGGCUAUUGAUUCACUAUUGUAAGAUGUCAGUGUUUCCUGGUAUUUAUUUGUCAGUGAGCUGUUUUUUUGUAUGUGUCAUUAUUUUCUGUCCAAGUAGAAUAUUUCACUGGUGGCAUUAAAUUAGUUUUGGUGUUUUGAUCACACCAUUAUUACAAUAUUAAAAAUAAAGUGGAGAAACAGAAAAAGAAAUGUGCCUCUGAUAUGUAAAAGUGUAAAAUAUUCAGGUCAACUUGAAACUGUUUUAUUGUAUAUGUGAAAUGCCCUCGUUUAGUGUGCAAAGAGAUGUUGCCAGACAAACUCAUUUGUAAUCUCCCCACGCCCUCUAAAUAUAGGCAUUGUAUAUUUACUUACAGUUGUGGCUAAUAAUGCUUACAUAUCAGAGUAUGAUUUCUUCUGUUUUUACCUCACUUAAACUUUACCUGACUAAUUAGCAUAAAGUAUGCGGUAAAAUCUUUAAAUUCUCCUCCACAUGUUCUAAAAGAAAACCACGGAU